GACAUUGGCAAACGCAGCGGUCAUAAACCAAAAAAUCAGAGUCGAGCUCGCAAAACUAAGCUAACAACAACAGAUAUCCAAAUAUGAGCGCUCUUAAAGUCUUUAUCUUUGCUGCGAUCUUCGCUGUGGCCUACUGCGCGCCCAGUCCCGGUUUCUUUGGCAAGCAUGAACAUCAUACAAUCCAUGUGCCCUACAAGGUGCACACGGUGCAUCAUCAUCAUGUCCAGAAGAUCGCCGUGCCAGUGGUGAAGCAUGUGCCCGUCUACAAGGAGGUGCAUGUGCCUGUCAUUAAGGAGGUGCCCGUGCACCAUGUGCACCACGAGGAGAUCGUGCCCGUGCAUGUGCACGAGGAUCAUCACGACUAUCAUCACGAUUUCCACAAGGGCUGGUCAUCCUCCCUCUCCCAUGGCUGGUAGAGCAACAGAGAUAGGCAUAGUAAGAUUGAAAGAGCGAGAGCGGCUUUGUAAAUAUCUGUACAAUUUAGUGAAAAGACAAACGCAUUAAAGAUUUUAAUUUAAUGCCUGUAAAUAAAAGUGAGAUUUUUGUCGAUUGUAAA